CGAAUACUGACACAUGUCAAAAUAUAGAACACAUGGUAGUUCUUGAUAAGUUUUAAAUAAAUUAUAAAAUUUGUGUUUUUUUUUAGAUUAAGUUCAAGUGUAAUUUUUAUUCAGAAUGUCUGAUGUACCAGAUCUUAGUUCAGACGAAGAACACUUCGAGGAGGAUGAAUGGCAAGAAAUGGAAACUAGUGAUAUGUCUGUAACGUGUUUAUUUUGUCCUAAGGUUUUCCCAGCUAUAGAUGAAAGUGUUGUUCAUUGCGAACUUGUACAUGGAUUCAAUUUAAGUAUAUUAAAAGUGAGAUUUAAUAUGGACUGCUAUUCGUACAUUAAAUUGAUUAACUAUGUGAAAACUCUUAAACCGAGUCCUGAGGCCAUCAUGAAUGCCGACAAACCUUUGUGGAAUGAUGAAUUAUACUUAAAACCCGUGGAUAACGACGAGUGGUUAAUGUACGACUUUGAUUCUGUUACUGAUAAGUCAAAUUCACCCAAAUCCUAUCAUGCGAACGUCGAAAAUGGUUUGGUUACCCUGUCACAGGAACAUUUCUCGGAACUUCAAAGAACGAUACAAAAGCUAACUGAACAGUUAAAAGACAGUCAAACCCAUCUUCAGAUGGCUAAAGAAGAUAUGGGCAAAAUGCAAAAUUCUAUGAAAUGUCUUGUAGAUGGUGACACAAACAAUGUCACAAAAUUGACAGAUAGCUGUGUCAUUGUUGACUGUGUAUCAAAAGUGCCUCUGGAAUGUGAUGAGGGCUACUUCAAUAGUUAUGCUCAUUUUGGAAUUCAUUAUGACAUGUUGUCAGAUAAGGUUCGCACAGAAAGCUAUAGAGAUGCUAUCCUUAACAACAAGGAAACUAUAAAAGAUAAAGUAGUACUUGAUCUGGGAUGUGGAACGGGAAUACUAUCAAUGUUUUCAGCUACAGCUGGAGCUAAGGCAGUUAUUGCCGUUGACCAAUCAGAUGUCAUAUACCACGCAAUUGAUAUUAUAAGAGAGAACAAUUUGGAUAAAAAAAUUAAGACAAUAAAGGGUCGGCUUGAAGAUACAGAUUUAGACCAAAAAGUUGAUGUAAUUGUAUCUGAGUGGAUGGGAUACUUUUUACUAUUUGAAGGCAUGUUAGAUAGCGUAAUUUACGCUAGAGAUACAUGUCUCAAUCCUGGAGGUUUGUUACUACCAAACAAAUGUACUAUAAGUCUAGUCGCCAACGGCGAUGUUGAUACGCAUAAGAAAUUAAUUGAAUUCUGGUCCGAUGUUUAUGGAUAUAAAAUGAACUGCAUGAAAUCAGAAGUUGUUAGAGAAGCCAGCGUAGAUGUGGUACCGGCCAAGUGUAUCAUUUCGGAACCAUGCAUUGUGAAGGACAUUGAUUUAUAUACCUGUAAUACAAAUGUUGUUAAUUUUACAUCACCAUUUAAGCUAACAGUUACAAAUGACGGUGCAAUAACUUCUUUGGUUGGAUAUUUUGAUACAAUCUUUGAUCUGCCCAAUAGUGUAUCAUUUACCACUGGACCUCAUGGAACACCGACACAUUGGAAACAAACUGUGUUUUACUUCAGAGAUUGUAAGGAGGUUAAAAAAGGUGAUAUCGUUGAAGGUACAAUAACUUGUAGCAGACAAAAGACCGAUGUUAGGGCGCUUGCGGUACAAAUAAAUAUAUUUGGUAAAAAUCACAAAUAUAUUAUCAGCUAAUGACUAUUUGUAUGAGCAGAAAGCAUUUUUUAAGGUAUCAUAUGCUUUGCAAUGCUAAGCGUAGAGAGUUUGACUUUCUGCCUUUUUUUAGGGAUAUUAUCUUUUUAGAUGGCUAUUUGCAAUGGCUAUUGGAUUGCUUUUAUCCAGCAACAUUUAAAAUAAUAACAAUUGUCUAAAUAUAAUUGAUUCUAUUGUAUGGAAUAUUAAAAAGGUUCUAUGUCUAUUUUUGAAUUAUAUACAAAGAUGUAUUGUUACCGAGAACAUGACAAUAGAAGUGAUUUUUUUAUCAUUGGUUUUAUGGGUACAGGUACAUUUAAGUAUUUGUACCCUUGUAUUGCUGUGUCUGAAAUAAAACAAAUAUGCUAAGAAAAA